AUGACGUCCCCGGACUCGCCGCCGCUGGUCUCCCCGUCCCCGUGCCCCGCUCCCCCUCCGUCCCUGCCCUCCUCCCCGGUGCCCUCCUCCCCGGCGCCGUCCUCCUCCUCCAUCCCCGCCCCGCCCUCGCUGCCUCCCACGGGGGAGGUGAUGGUGCUGGCGCUGGGCAGGAAGAAGCAGAGGGUGCUGAUCGCCCUCUCCAUCCUGCCCAACCUCUUCCUGGCCUUCCUGCUCUCCUCGGACCCCCUCAUCACCCUCUCCCCCCACCACCACUGCCACCUGCCGGGCCCGUUGCCGUCGCCGGAGGUGCUGAACGCCUCCCUGCCCUGGGAGAAGGGGGAGCGGCCCGGGGACAGCGGCGGCCCGUCCCAGUGUAAGCAGUACGCCAACGGCAGCCAGUCGGCCGUGGUGGACUGCGAGGCCGGCUGGGACUACAACGUGACGGAGGGGCUGAAGAACAACAUCGUCACCGAGUGGGACCUGGUGUGCGCUCAGUACUGGCUGGUCCCGGUGGAGGAGGUGUGCUUCAUCCUGGGCGUCCUGACCGGCUGCCUCGGCUUGGGCUACGCCGCCGACAGGUUGGGCAGAUCCAAGACCCUGCUGACCUCUCUGACCCUGUCGGUGGUGUUCGGCGUGCUGGUUUGCGUCUCUCCGUACCCGUCGAUCUUCAUCGUCAUGCGUUUCUGUCUGGCUGCCGCCAGCGCAGGAGUCUAUCUCACUCUGUACAUCACCCGCCUGGAGCUGUGCGAGCCGUCCCUCCGGCUGGUGGUGACCAUGCUGGCCGGGCUGAUGACCGUGGCCGGGGAGCUGCUGCUGCUGGCCGUGGCCCUCGGCUGCCAGUCCUGGAGGGGCCUGCUGGGAGCCGGAGCCGCCCCGUUGACCCUCUUUCUCAGCUACGGGGUUCCCGGGGUGUUUCCAGAGUCUCCUCGCUGGCUGCUUCUGUCCGAGCGAUCCGCCGACAUGAACGCGUUCAGCGAGAGGAGGAACUCCAACAGAGACGUGAGGGACGACGAGAGCUUCACAGAGCUGGACUCGGAGCCGGCCCCCUCCUCGCGCCCCCACCUGUCCUUCCCCGAGCUCUUCCACAGCAGGAACAUCUGGAAGAACAUGUGUGUGCUCGGCUUCACCUCAUUCAUCUCUCACGGCAUUAGUCACUGCUACAGCUCCUUCCGCGGUGACGUCAGAGGCACCGCCCCCAGCUUCUACUGGACCUACCUGCUGUCUGUGUGCGCGGGGGGCGGCGCCUGGCUGUUGCUCUGGGCGACCGUGGACAGGUGCGGUCGCCGUGGCAUCCUGCUCCUCGCCAUGACGAUGACGGGGCUCGCGUCUUUGAUCCUCCUGGGGCUCAUGGAGUAUCUCAGCGAGACGGCCAUCACGGUGUUCUCGGUGCUGGGUCUCUUCUCCUCUCAAGCCACCGCCUCCCUCUGCAUCCUCUUCACUGCAGAGGUCAUGCCCACCAUCAUCAGGGGUACCGGUGUCGGCGCCGUGCUGGCUCUGGGCUGCGUGGGCCGCCUCAGCUCGCCGCUCAUGGACCUGCGGAACCACUACGGCUACUUCCUGCACCACGUGAUCUACUCCUCCCUGGCCCUGCUGGCCGUGCUCUCCAUCCUGCUGCUGCCCGAGAGCAAGAGGAAGCCGCUGCCCCAGACGCUGGCCGACGGGGAGCAGUACCGGCGCCCCCCGCUGGGCCGGAGGAGGAGGGACAACGUGCCGCUGCUGGCCACGCCGAACCCAGAGACCUAAAGAGAGCCUGCGACGGCGGGACGGACCGGGCUCGAACCGCUCACCUGGCAGCGGGAACAUUCACAUCUACCAUGUUCAUGCGGAGGAGGAGAAAGCAAUACUUGGAAAGAAGAGCAGGAAGAUGGAGAGAAAAGGGCUGCAGCUGAUCUUGGUGGAGAGACGAUGCGGGACGGUGCUGAGAGGGAACGCUUCCUAACAUAUCAUCCUCUAGUCAUUCCAGAUGUGGUGGGUUGAGCUGCCACCGGCUUCACCUUUCCUCUGUUUCCUGCCAUUCAGACGUGCUUCUGAACUCACACAGCGUUCAUCUGCAGAAGCCUCCAUCUCUUCCUGGCAGGUGCUCUCCCGACCAUAACCCUGAGACUCACCAGCACACACUGCUGCUGCUGCUGCUGCUGCACGCCGUCCUCCAUCCCCAGUGCGUCCGCCGUAGAGAUGCUAGCUGCUUACUAUCCAGACCGGACGCGUCUCGGAGAAUAGUCGUGACUCACCCUUAGCAUUUGUCUUAACCUGCGUUGUUUUUGUUUGUUUGCUGUGUGCGACGACACAACAAGCGGUUUUAUAUCGUCUGUCGUAGGACUCUCCCAUCGCCAUGCGAGGCUGGACCACAGCUCUCAGACAUCCGUCGUACCAUUGGAGAGGAUUCGUGGCUGUUUGACGCCUUGUAAAUACGAAUAUAUAGACUUAGUUUCUUUAACUUUUUGGGGCAUUUGAGUUUCGUUGGAGCUGGAACCUUACAGUACAGUACGCUAUGCAGUGGGGAGGCGGUGAGGAGCACUUUGAAUCCUUCUUCUUUUUGGUUAAUUUGACCAAAGUCUUCAAAUUUAAGGGACGGUUCUACGAAUCAGCUUUUAUUACGUUUGGCUAAAAAAAUUAAGCUGAAAGGCCUUUAAUGAGAAAAAGUGUUCAAAUUGUGUAAAUCCACUGAGUCUGGCCUGGAGCCAGCCAUAUUUAUACCUUAUUUAUGUUGUUAUUGAGCAUAAUCAGUAAAUUAUCCAGAGGCCUGGCAAGUAUUGAGCUUAUUGGGGUUGAGGCGUCGCGGGUCAGAUUAACGGUGAAGCUGUUGACCGUCACAACAUUCCUAUCUGCAUGUUUGGAAGCACUGAUGAAGGGCUUGUUUUUUCUCUAUUUCCUCAGAAGCUUAUAGUCACUCAAUACCUCUAGAUGACCGGUCUGAGCUGCAGGAGGACAGACGGGUAGAACGCCGUGACUUGUAUUAACAGGCACAUAUAUUUUUGUCGGGUUUGUGAAAGAGGUCGUCUGUAAUUUUAGCUGAAUGUUUCUGGAGGAGAGGCGGGCCUGGUGAUCCGGCUCCCGCGAGGAGCCGCUGAGGGCCCCGGAGCUCCAGAUCCGCCCCCGACUCCUCCUCGGCCCGCACCGUGGAGGCUUUCGUUUCUUCGUAGAUUAAUUUUUUGUGUGCUGGGUGACUUUUGGAGACUUUCCAAAGCAUGUCAGUUCAAUAGAAACGUGUGUGACCGUGUGCUUGGGUAAAUCUUUUUUUAUUUUUUAACAGCUUUCAUGGGUGCAGGUUCCUGGAGGAGGCGGGGGGCCUUCGAUCUGGACUCUGAGGAGUUUUUAUGAAGGACGCUCGCCUUUACUGACGGCUUCUUUCUCCGUCGGUUUGGGCGGAUUUCUCUUUUCCUCUGUAUGUUGCACUCAGCAAGUCUUAACACUUAUACACUGAUGAUUAUUCUCACUACGAUUAACUCGGCCUGAGUCAUGUUAUGUCUGACAGCACUGAUGACCUGUCCAACCAUGAGUGUGAUGCAGUAACUCUAUAGCCUGAUUUCAUGUAAAAUAAAACUGGUUAAAUAAAUCAGG